GAAGGGCCAAAAUCCCAAUUGCACGUAAAAUGCAUCUCAAGAGUCUGAUGCUUGCAUUUGCAUCCAAGAAACUGGAAAAAGAGAAGGGUGAAAAAGAUACUGAGAAAAAUCGUGUGCUUAAGGAGAUCGUGCCACAAUUUAACACAUCGAGCCUGUCAGUUCAGGAAUUGCAAAGUAUGUGCAAGAAAUUUCACCAGAUGAUCGAUGGUGUUGACGCAGAACGCUAUGACAUUGAAGUUAAAGUAUCUAAAAAUGCCAAAGAGGUAAAUGACUUAACUCAGAAAGUCUUAGAUCUCAAAGGCAAAUUCAAACGCCCCACUCUACGUAGAGUCAGAGUAUCGGCUGAUGAAAUGUUGGGUGCUCUAGCAGAGACCUCUCACAAAACUUCAUUGGAUUUGAGGUCAAAUUUAAAAUCAGUGAAAAAGGAGGAUGAAAAGGAGCACAAGCAGGUUGAAGUCCAUGACUGGCGGAAGAACGUAGAAGCAAUGUCUGGUAUGGAAGGAAGAAAGAAAAAAUUUGAUACUGGUGCUCCACCUCAAUAACAGAUCAUUUUGGAAUGUGGACAUUAUGAGAAGCAUAUCUGAAAGACAAGAGUCCAACUGAGAUGGAAUGCCAUACAUGAGGGUCGAAGACAUGCUCAACUAGAGGAGUUACUGAAUGAGACACUAUCUGAAUUCAUGAAAGACUACAGUAGGAGGUUUUAACUCCCCCUGCACAAAGACCUUUUCAAUUUUGAAAAUAGGUAUGCUUUGACUUUCAUAGAACUUAACAUGUAGCUUUGCACUGUGAAAUGACCUAAAGUUAGAGAAAUAUCAAAAAUCCACAGCCUUUAAAAAUAAUGACUGAUAUAUGGUAAUAUUUCGAAGGUUUAUGAUGAACUACUACUCAGAGUGUAAAGGGUAUUGUGAAAUCAACAGUUACUUUGGUCUCCUGAAAGAAAUUCAAACAUUUGUGUAAUAUGCAAUGCACUGCAAUUUGUGUUUAACUUACAAACAAGUAUUGAUGA